GGGACACCAAUCAUGCAUGAAUGACAGGUAUGAAGCAUCUGCGUAGACAUUUUCACAUUUGCCAUCUUCCAUAAUGAUUCCACCCCUCUGUUGUGUUGUGGUGUGUGCACAGGUGUUUGUGUGAUGGAUCCAUAGCACACACUCCACUCGCAAUGUGGGACCUCUUCUGGGCCGUGGUGACUAUGAACUUUGUCGGCGGGAUCUGCUACGCGUUCUUCGAGGCGCUGAUCUCUGUCAUGCUCACCGGUACGCAGACAGACAACGGACACACAGGAUAUACAGCAUAUCACACCAAGGCAGCAUGAUUGUCCGUUUUCCUCUGUGCAGGCUGCGGCAUUGCGCCUUCUGAGGUGGCUGGCUGAGGCAAAUGCAGACCCUCGUUUGCAUGGCGCGUUUGUGUUCAGACGGGGUUGAUUCUCUUUGCUGCGACGGUGACGGGCGUAUUUAGCCAGCCAUACGCCUGCUACUUUGCAGAUACCAAGUCAGUCUAUCGUACAUUUAAAGAAGGCCCAGGCCACGCACAUCCAUCCAUCCAUCCUUCCCUGUGUGUGGUGUGUGGUGUUGUCAGGUCGGUCAACAAGCUGUUGAGAUACUCCUUUCUCGUCAAGCACAUCCCGGUGAUCAUGCUGGUGUUCCUCGUGUGGGACUGCGCCAAGAUUGCCUACGAAGCCAAGCUGAUCCUCUUCAUGGUCUGCCUCGGCGCCUUCUUCAUCAUGGCCUUCCAGCCGCCCAUUCUCGACAAUGCCGUCAUCGAAAAGUACAAGGGCCGCUUCGGCCAGACACGGCUGAUGAUAUCUGUGGGACGACUGGUAGGCGGGCGCAACGCAAUCGAGGCCGCGUGAGUCUCUCUCUCUCUAUGGGUGCGUGUGUGUGUAUGUGCAUUGCAAUUAGGUGGGUGGAGUGGCGAGCGCCCCCAUCCUACAGAUCUACGGCAUGGUGGGCUGCCUCCUCUGCCGCCUGGUCAUGUGCACAGUCAUCUUCAUUCUCUCAUGCACUUUCUACGUCGAGAAGACACGCAUGCGGCUCGCCUUGGCGGGCAGGCCGGGCUCUCUGGCCGUCACCCAGUCCACAGCUCCCGGCAUCCCGGAGGCAGAACAGGCCAUCGAGCACUCUCGCCGUCUGUCGCUGGAGAACGUCCACCGUCGAUUCUCGGCUUUUAUGGAGCGCAUCAGUGGGCUGCUGACGGUGCCGUUCCUGACGUUUCUCGCCGUUAUGACGGUCAAUGGGAUGGCGGGGGCCGUCUUCGACGCCUACGUGAACGUGCUGCUGAUCGAUGUUUUUGACGUGCCGCAGUACAUGCUAGGGUGAGGGGGAGAUGAGAAGGGGGGAGGCGGCAGUUGGUGUAUCUAUCGCCCUCUGUGUGUGCAGGUAUGCGACCACAGCAGCGGCGGUUGGCAACUUCCCGGCCUUUUUCUUUGCCGACAUCGGCCUGGAGCUGCUGGGAAGUCGUGGUUUGGUUCUGGUGGGGAUGGCGGCCACCGCGAUGCGCUGUCUGUGCAUCUGGGCCGCUGUCCAUCCCCUUCUCGUCGUCACCACCAAUGCGCUCCACGGCGCCGCUUUCGGCCUCCUCACUGUCGGCGCCGUUGCGUACGCAAAAGAGUCAGCACCAUAUGGCAUGAAGAACACUGCACAGGUACGCUCCUGCACACACCACACCCGCAAUGCGACCAAAUCAGUGAAUGGCACGUGUGUGUCUGUCUGUCAGGGGUUGAUUGCGACGGCCAUGCAGGGUCUGGGCACGUCCUUUGGCGUGUUGCUGGGGGGCUUCAUCUACAAUGCAGCGGGCGGGCGGAUGCUGUUCCUCAUCAAGGCCAUCAUCGUCUCGGUGGCUGCAGCGGCGUUCGCCUUCGUCGACACGCUCGAUCCUGAGCUCGCCGCAAUCAGCCGACUGACCUCGCCACCCAGAAGGUACCUCAUUCUCCCGUGCCCAGCACACAGGACAACAAGCGCACCACACGCACUGCCCACCCUCCCUCCCUCCCUGUGUGUGGCAUGCAGUCCUUUGCACGCUGAGACCAAGGCGCAUGCCGAGGCGGCCGCCUGCUUUCCACCGAUGUCACAGAGCGAGCUGGCGGUCAUCUUAGACAAUACGGGCGAGGAAUCGGGCACCGACACAUCCGGUGAGGACCAGACUGUUGGCCCUUCCACGCUGCCGGCAGCCAGCGAUGGUCGAGUGGAGAGGGACAUGCUGGAGGGCACAAGGACGGAGCCCCUUUUGGGGUUGGAUCAGUCACUUUAGUAGCCAUGGGGGCGGCUAGCUGACGGACGCGUGAACCAGAGAGAGACAUCGGUGGAUGGAUGGAUGGUGUGUAGCUGGGAAGACAAGACAAGACAGUGUGCGCGUCGCGUCCGCCUCCUGUAUAGGUCGUUUGUUUCAUUGUGCGUAUGUGCCUGUGUGUGUGUGUGUGGGUGUGGGUGUGUGUCGGUGAGUAUAUAUGUUACAUAGGCAGCAGGUGCAUUGGCCUGUCUGCCCAUUUAUUUGUGUCAGCGAAAACAGCUAUUUGUAGAGACGGACAGGCAGACAGGCAGACAGGCGGGCGGGCGGCGAGUCGGUCCGUUUUUGGCGGUUAGGUUUUUGUCGCCGUUGAUGGCUAGGCAGGAAAGUCAAUGAAGGUGUGGCGCAAGCAUCCAGGGAUGCAACUGCGGAGAAUGAGUGUGUGGAUGAGUGUGUGCGUGCGUGCGAACGACACACACACCCACCAGGCUGGUCGAGAGGAGCCGUGUACGACUAUUAGUGAGAGCUCAAUAAUCACUUAAAAUAAUCAGGGCAAUCAGCUGGAGAGAUCCACACACUCUUGCUGACAAACGGCGAAAAUGAG